UUUUGGAGGGGACACAUUCAAACCAUAGCAAUCACCAACAACUGGUAUUUUUCUCCUACCCUACAUAUUCUUUAGGUAACCACCCAGGUCAGUGGGGAAAAUAAUCUACUUCUGAAUAAAUCCUAGCUAUAGUUUCAUGCUACUGUAAAUGGGAUAAAAGCAAAUCAUGCCUGAAAAUUUUGGGAAUAAGGUGAUGUUUAUAUCGUUACGCUGAUUUUUACAAAAUGUGAAUCAUAUUGACCAGGUUCAUUUGUACUAGACCACCACACCAAAACUUUUAAAAAUUAUUUUCCAGUUAGGUGAAAAAUGAUGUUGUGCUUUCGUUUGUACAUCUCUAAUUUCCGGAAGAUUUAUAAUUUGUUUGUAUUAUUUUGUGAAUCAUCUGUUCAUGUCUUCUGCCUAUUCUCCUACAGUCUUUUUCUUAUUAAUUUGUAAAGACUCUAAUGUAAUAGCCAACUGCUACAAGAAUGUUUCUGAUUUGUUGUUUACCUUUUGAUGUUCUUGAUAUUAAAAGAUGUUUAUAUAGCUGAACAUUUUUCUUUUCUAGUCCCCCCCCCUUUAUGUUUAUGCCUUGGAAGAUUUCUCUACCUCAGAUCAAUAAAUAUUCACCUAUCCUCCUCUUUCCCCACCCUCAUCCUUUUAUUUUAUCCACAUUUAAAGCAUUACAGACAGUGGAGUCCAGUUGGUCAAGUAACUCACUUUACAGAUGAGACUUCAGUGAUGUAACAGAAAGUCUUGUUUUAUGAGAAUGUGUUAAUCCAUCUUAAUGUGGCUUAUGAUUUGCAAUCUCAGGCAAGUAUUGUGUUUCCUGACAAAAUAUACAUUUGUUUGCCUUCUUCAUUAGCCACCUAACAGCCUUCUCCUAAUUUUUCAGGUGUCCUGAUGGCAAAUUUCAAGGGCCACGCACUGCCAGGGAGUUUCUUCCUGAUCAUCGGGCUGUGUUGGUCAGUGAAGUACCCACUGAAGUACUUCAGCCACACGCGAAAGCACAGCCCACUGCAUUACUAUCAGCGUGUCGAGAUCGUCGAAGCCACAGUUAGGACUUUGUUUUCCGUCAUUGGGAUCCUGGCAGAGCAGUUUGUUCCGGACGGGCCCCACCUGCACCUCUACCAUGAGAACCACUGGAUAAAGUUAAUGAAUUGGCAGCACAGCACCAUGUACCUAUUCUUUGCAGUCUCAGGAAUUGUUGACAUGCUCACCUAUCUGGUCAGCCACGUUCCCUUGGGGGUGGACAGACUGGUUAUGGCUGUGGCAGUAUUCAUGGAAGGUUUCCUCUUCUACUACCACGUCCACAACCGGCCUCCGCUGGACCAGCACAUCCACUCACUCCUGCUGUAUGCUCUGUUCGGAGGGUGUGUUAGUAUCUCCCUAGAGGUGAUCUUCCGGGACCACAUUGUGCUGGAACUUUUCCGAACCAGUCUCAUCAUUCUUCAGGGAACCUGGUUCUGGCAGAUUGGGUUUGUGCUGUUCCCACCUUUUGGAACACCUGAAUGGGACCAGAAGGAUGAGGCCAACCUCAUGUUCAUCACCAUGUGCUUCUGCUGGCACUACCUGGCUGCCCUCAGCAUCGUGGCCAUCAACUAUUCUCUUGUUUACUGCCUUUUGACUCGGAUGAAGACACACGGAAGGGGAGAAAUCAUUGGAAUUCAGAAGCUGAAUUCAGAUGACACUUACCAGACCGCCCUCUUGAGUGGCUCAGAUGAGGAAUGAGCCGAGAUGUGGAGGGCGUAGAUAUCCCACUGCACAGCUGGAAUGAAUGGAGUCCAUCCCCUCCACCUGAAUGCCUGCUGUGGUCUGAUCUUAAGGGUCUAUAUAUUUGCACCUCCUCAUUCAACACAAGGCUGGAGGUUCUAAAACAGGAAAUCAGGCCUACAGCAUCCUGUGUAUCUUGCAGUUGAGAUUUUUAAACAUAAUAUAAAGUCUGUGUUGGUAUAGUACCCUUCAUAAGGAAAAAUGAAGUAAUGCCUCUAAGCAGCAGGCCUUUGUGCCUCAGUGUAAAGAGAAAUCAAGAGAUGCUAAAAGCUUUACAAUGGAAGUGGCCUCAUUUAUGAAUCCAGGAUAUGAACCCAGCAGAAGAACUUGCUGCUUUUGGUAACUUAUCCCUUUUUCUCUUAAGAAAGCAGGUACUUUCUUAUUAGAAGUAUGUUAGAAUGUGUAAGCAAAUGGCAGUGCCUUUAGAGUUACAAUUCUAACUUACAUUAUUCACAAGCCUUGGUAUUUUAAAACUAUUGUUAAACAUAUCAUAACCAAUCAUACCAGGGUACUGCAAUACCACUGUUUAUAAGUGACAAAAUUAGGCCAAAGGUGAUUUUUUUUUAAAUCAGGAAGCUAGUUACCGGCUCUACUGAGAGUUGGAGCCCUGAUGUUCUGAUUCUUCAAAGUCACCCUAAAAGAAGAUCCGAUAGAAAAGCUGUAUACACGAGAUAGAAAAAUGUCAGGUAUGGAAGGCUUUCAAUUUUAAUAUAGCUGAAAGCAAAGGAUAACGAAUUCAGAAUUAGUAAUGUAAAAUCUUGAUACCCUAA